UUCACGCUCGCUCGCGGCGGCGGCCCCGCUCUCCUUCCGCGCCCGCGCCCGCGCCCGCGCCCGUACCCGGCCGGCUUCUCGGAGCGCCCAGCCCGGGAGCCUCGUCGCCCCGGCGGCCCGGGGAGGCCGCGAGCGCACGGCAGGCGGUGCCCGCGAAGAUGGUCGCCAAGCAGCGGAUCCGGAUGGCCAACGAGAAGCACAGCAAGAACAUCACCCAGCGCGGCAACGUCGCCAAGACCUCGAGGAACGCCCCCGAAGAGAAGGCCUCGGUGGGCCCUUGGCUGUUGGCGCUCUUCAUUUUCGUCGUCUGCGGCUCGGCCAUUUUCCAGAUUAUUCAGAGUAUCAGGAUGGGCAUGUGAAGUGACAGUCUAAGAUGUUUCCAUUCUCCUGUGAAUUUUAGCCUGAACUCAUUCCUGACGUUUGAUGCCUCGGUUAAGAACCAUUCAGUAAAGCAUCCUGCCUCAGAGUGGCUUUCCUAUCCUCCUUCCUGUGUCAUUCCAGGGUUCCUCACGAGUCAUUCCAGGGUUCCUAGUCCAUACCACAGUGCCUUGCAAAAGCACAUGAAUAAAGCAAUAAAAUUUGAUUAUUAAGCUCC